CUGAUCAUGGCAUCAUCAGAGAGGGAUAAAGGGAAGGAAGAGGACUCAAAUGCCCAGUUUCAGGCCAUUGUUGGCGAGGAAGGGAGGACAGCCUGCCAGACCUGCAAACAUGAAAUGCGUGUAAAUCCAUCGGAUCCUCAGCAGCACAUGUCCACCAAUGCACAAGACAGCACCACAGAGUCUUCUGUGUCCCAGACUGGCGAAGAACAUAGAGUUUCAGAGGAUUGUGGUCUUGCCAACGCCAUUUUCAAAAGGACAGAGCCCUUGCACACCUGCUCAACGAAGAUGAACGAGGGAAAAGUAGAUGAGGCAGUAGUGACUAAUGGGCCCAGCACAUCUCAAGCACCAUUUCAGUUUAGUGCCAAUCCCACUCUGGAAGACAUCCGGAGCCUCCAGUCGGCCUUCGCAGCUGAGCGGGACUGGGGAAAGUACCACCAGCCCCGGAAUCUGCUUCUUGCUCUGGUUGGGGAAGUUGGGGAGCUGGCAGAGCUCUUCCAAUGGCGGGAAGAAGCUCCCGAAGGCCUACCAGGGUGGAGCCCAUUGGAGCGUGAAGCUCUUGCUGAUGAGCUCAGUGAUGUCCUCAUUUAUCUGGUUGCCCUGGCAAACAAGUGCCAUGUGGACCUCCCUACGGCUGCUCUCCGUAAAAUAGAGAAGAACCGCCUCAAAUACCCAGCCAAACGGGUCUAUGGUUCCUCCAAGAAAUACACGGAGUAUCAGGAAUAAGUAUGGAGAGAACCUCUUCCUGGAUGGAGAGAAGAAGAAUCACUCUGUGGCUUCUAGAAGAUGCUCUUUUCACGGUUUAUGACUUCUUUGGGAUGAGCAAUUCAAAGUGACCCCUGUUUUGCUUUCGACUUGGGAAGGAUCCAGCAAGCUCUGAUUCAAAGAUAGACCAAUGGACCUGUUGUGGAGAUCUCUGUUUUUGAUCCUUUGCCCUGUCUUUUCUUUUGCAAAGUCGAUCUGGAGAACCCGUGACCAUCCUGGAAGUGUUGGGCUGCAAUUCCAUCACUCUUGAGACCGUGUUGGCCAAGAGUUGGAGUCCAUCCAGAUUCUCCAUCCCAAACCUCAAGGGUUGCAGAUGGAUGCACGGGAGUGCAGAGAAAUUUCUCUGGAGGGAGGUAAAACUUAAAUGUCCCAUUGGCUGUGGAAAAAGAUAUAGAGAAAUACAUGCCCCCUUCCUCGUGGAGGUGUAUCAAGCAUAGAAGUGCAAGGAGUUUUAUAAACUCUGCUUUCUGAGUGAGGCUAGAUUCUUCUCUCCAGCUUAUGGCUAUAGUUUUAGUUUAGUUUUUAGAGAAAAAUAGGUGGCCACCAUUUUGGCCUGAAGAAUUGACGAUUUCUUCUUGACUGCACAUUCUUUCCAGUAGAAUUGCCCACCUCAAAGUGUAAAUUACAUCUCAUUUGGUAUCCACUUUGGUCUUAAAAACAAACAUGGAGGGCUUCUCUGAGGGAAGAAAUGGCGGGAAGCUGAAGAAUGAAAUGGCUGUGGUGGUUUUCCUGCCCAGACUGGCAACAUCACAAGGCUGUCGUUGUAAA